GCUGCUGUCGGAGCUCUGAGAAGAAAAGGAGGAAGCGGAGGGAGGAGAGGCAGAGCGCGGCGGCAGCAGCAACAUCUGAACCCAGAUCAGCUCAGCAGACACUUCCCAACAACUCCAAAACACGCGCCACUUUGCUUUUACUUCAAACAGCGCUCGUGUGCUUUUUCUUCCUCUUCCUGUAUUUUUAUUUGUUUGUUUGUUUACUGUUUGUCCGUCGGCGACACCUUGAGUUAAAUAAGCCCCCCCGAACAGCCGCACCGUGAGCUCGGAGAAUGGCAGACUCGGCGGCGACGAACAGCGACGGAGAGGACGGACCCAAGCAGCCCGUGCGGGGCUUCGCGCGCCAGGGAGCUCUCCGGCAGAAGAACGUGCACGAGGUGAAGGACCACAAAUUCAUCGCGCGCUUCUUCAAGCAGCCCACCUUCUGCAGCCACUGCACCGACUUCAUCUGGGGCUUUGGCAAGCAGGGAUUCCAGUGUCAAGUGUGUUGUUUCGUGGUCCACAAACGCUGCCAUGAGUUUGUUACUUUCUCCUGUCCAGGCGCGGAUAAAGGACCAGCCUCGGACGACCCGAGGUCAAAGCACAAGUUUAAGAUCCACACCUACUCUAGUCCAACUUUCUGUGACCAUUGUGGCUCGCUUCUCUACGGCCUCAUACACCAGGGCAUGAGAUGUGACCACUGUAUGAUGAACAUCCACAAGCGCUGUGUUCCCAACGUGCCCAACCUGUGCGGGACGGACCACACUGAGAGGAGAGGUCGCAUCGAGAUCAGUGCUGAGGUCAAGACUAACGUUCUGACCGUCACCAUUAAGGAGGCCAGGAACCUGAUCCCCAUGGACCCCAAUGGUCUCUCAGACCCCUACGUGAAGCUUAAACUGAUCCCAGAUCCUCGCAGCGAAAGCAAGCAGAAGACCAAGACUAUAAAGUGCUGUCUGAACCCCACCUGGAAUGAGACCUUUAAAUUCCACCUGAAGGAGUACGAUAAGGACCGCCGCCUGUCGGUGGAGGUGUGGGACUGGGAUCUGACCAGCCGCAAUGACUUUAUGGGAUCACUGUCCUUCGGCAUCUCGGAGCUCCAGAAGCAAGGGGUGGACGGAUGGUUUAAGCUGCUUUCCCAGGAAGAGGGCGAGUACUUCAAUGUUCCGGUGGCUCCAGAAGGAGAGGAGGGCAACGAGGAGCUACGGCAGAAGUUUGAGAGAGCUAAAAUUGCUGUGGGCAAAAACACCGAAGGCAAGUCGGCAAAUGCAGCAUCCAGAUUCGACUCCAAUGGCAACCAAGAUCGCAUGAGGCUGUCUGACUUCAACUUCUUGAUGGUACUAGGCAAGGGCAGCUUUGGCAAGGUGAUGCUGGCGGAGCGUAAAGCAACAGAGGAGCUGUACGCUAUAAAGAUCCUGAAGAAGGACGUUGUUAUCCAGGAUGACGACGUGGAGUGCGCCAUGGUGGAGAAGAGGGUUCUGGCUCUGUCUGGAAAGCCCCCGUUUUUAACGCAGCUGCACUCCACCUUCCAGACUAUGGACCGCUUGUACUUUGUCAUGGAGUACAUCAAUGGUGGAGAUCUAAUGUAUCAGAUACAGCAGGCUGGCAAGUUCAAAGAGCCCCACGCUGUAUUCUACGCUGCUGAGAUAGCCAUCGGCCUGUUUUUCCUUCAUCAAAAGGGCAUCAUAUACAGGGACUUGAAGCUGGACAAUGUUAUGCUGGACUGUGAAGGCCACAUUAAGGUAGCAGACUUUGGUAUGUGUAAAGAAAACAUGACUGAUGGAGUCACCACCAAGACGUUCUGUGGAACUCCAGACUACAUAGCUCCAGAGAUCAUUGCUUACCAACCUUAUGGAAAAUCUGUGGACUGGUGGGCUUUUGGAGUUUUGCUCUAUGAGAUGUUGGCCGGACAGCCUCCAUUCGAUGGGGAGGAUGAGGAUGAGUUGUUUCAGUCCAUAAUGGAGCACCAUGUCUCCUAUCCAAAGUCAUUGUCUAAGGAGGCUGUUGCCAUAUGUAAAGGACUGAUGACGAAGCAUCCGGCUAAACGGCUGGGCUGCGGUCCAGAGGGGGAGCGAGACAUCAGGGAGCACAGCUUCUUCCGCUACAUGGACUGGGAAAAACUGGAGAACAAGGAGGUGCAGCCGCCUUUCAAGCCCAGAGCUAGAACCCGUAAGGACACCUGCAACUUUGACAAGGAGUUCACCAAGAUGCCGGUGGACCUGACGCCAACAGACAAGCUCGUCAUCAUGAACCUGGACCAGGAUGAGUUCCUUGGAUUCUCCUACACCAACACGGAAUACGUGGCUCCAAAUUAACACAGUAACGGACUGAAACAUGCAAAUGGACAGGUAGAAAGGAAAGAUUUGUAUCAAAACAGGGAAUAACAAUCUGUUCAUCUAUGUCUUCGUUGAAUGUUUGCCCUUGUUUAAAAGAAGACUUCGAUUUCAAUUCAAUUCAAAGAUACUUUAUUAAUCCCCGAGGGAAAUUAGAGUUUCAGUACACACAAUUCAGAGAUCAGACAUACAUGGGCAAGACACAUGACAAGAAUUGGUGACUGUGGUCAUUUGCAACACUGAGUCGCGCUACCUUAAUAGAGAUCAGAGGGUUACAUGAGGAUUGGUUCAGGUGGAGGGAAAAAAAGGCACUUCAGAGUUACCCUCCACUAAGAGGGCAGCUUUGCUCUGCAAAAAACACCUCAGACAGAUAUGCAACAGACUUCAGACUUCACACAACAUAAGUGUCCACUAGAUGGGGUGGUGAGGGUUUGAGGGUUGCAGUGACCCUGGAAAGAUUCGGCGGCCUUCCCGCAGUCCCGUCCAGGUUGGGAUAAGAGACAGAGUUGAGUAGCCAUAGCGACGGCACAUUCCACAUAGCUUCCGGGGGGGAGUUUUCGUUGGAGCCUUGCAGGCUCAAGGGCAUCAGAUUCCAAUUAAAAAUGGUUUGGGGGCCAGACAGAGAUGCUUUCCUCUCUGUCUUAAAGUUCCUUGGUCCUCAACCUCUCAAAAUCCCAAUAAUGGACAUUAAUCUAACCCAAUCCGUGCUGAUUCGUCCACUCUAUUCUUGAUGGCAUCCAUCUUUUGUGCCAAUAAUGAAUCUCUGCCAAAGUUCCAAGCUUACGAUUCAUCUCGACAAUUAUGUGAGUCUGUGAAUUCACAGCUUGGUGCAAACCAUCUCUGAGCUCCAGGAGCAGGCCAAUAUUCCUCGACAGCUCGUUAAUUUUCUGGUAAGCCAGGAAUCCUCCAAGGCCAAUGAGCAGGAAAUCUGAUACCAACACCACUAAUAUCCACGCGUCUUCAGAGUCCUCCACAGACAGCUGAGAUAAACAAAUCAAGUUCCACUGUUUCCAGGAGCCCAUGAUGUGUCCAACUGGGUCGUCCCAGAGGAGCAUGCGGGAGCCCCUUCUCCCGUUCUCAUCGUUGAAAAAAUUUUAUCAAUCGCGUUGAGUGACCAACUGACAAAGUCCAUUUUAAUGAUUUCAGUUUACAGUUUCCAGAAAAAAUGCAGAAGCAUCCAUGCACCCAGCGCACAGAGACAGACAAAGGGCCUUGAGGAUAAGAUAUGGAGAAGAGGAGGAAAAAAGCGUCUGCACCCUCCGAGAGCCGGAAGAAGAAAAGAGAACUAGUUAAAGUACAAAAACAAACACUACCAAACAAACGAGAAAUAUCAAACCUCAUUGGGAUCCUGGGAAAUACAAUUUUGGACUAUCGGUUAUUCUUUUGAACUGUUCUUUUUCUAGGAAUAAUUGCUUUAUGUUUUUUUAAAACAAGAUGUAGGUGCAUAAGUUUCCAUUUAUUGCACAUUUUCUGCCUUUCACAAAUGAUCAAGGUAAAAAACACAAGCUCAGACAUGUCCGAGGAGCCACACGGAUAUUUAGAGAAAUGGAUCCUUGUAUCCGAUGCUCCAUAGUUAAACAUAACUUGUCGAUAUCAACAAGUUUCUGGUGUCAUUCCAGCUGACAUUUGGCCAUUGGUUUCAUGCUGCUGACUAUGGUUUUAAGCACAGAUCAUAAAUGCUGAAAAAGGUCAAGGUGCUGGUCCAGAUUAUCUGUCAUUGUCACUGACCUCCAUUGCCCCAUCAAUGGGACCUCACAACCUUAAAAGACUCCUUCUCCCAACCCAAUCCCAGAACUAAAGAAGCUUUUUGAACGAGAGGCAAAACGUCUUCAAGAUAACCAGACUAGUGCAGGCGUUUUCAUUUAAAACUCUUAAGAUUAACGAGGUCAAGGUUCAGACUUUGGGAAGGCCAUUAUAGAAACUUGACUUAUCCAAUCAGAAACUAGCUCUUAUGUGUGUUUGAGACCAACUGUGUCCAACAUUCAACCAGCUGAUUUCCAGUGAAACUGAAGAAUUUGGAAGGGGUCCUCCUCCUCCUUCUUGUCCCACAUCAUGAUGCUACCACCUCCCUGCCUGACAAUUCAGCGUUCUUCACGUUCCUCCAAACAUGUUUUUUUCUUUGGAACCAACUAUUUGUCUGGUCUGAUCAGGAAACACUUCUCCUGAAGGUAUUUAGCUUAUCCAUGUUGUCAACUAUACAGUUCUGCUGAGACUUGAAGAUGUCCCUUAGAGCCGGAGGUUCGUUCUUUGUCCUCUCGGUCUAUGUUGAUGUAAAACUAGUUUCACUGUGGAUGGAGACACUGGUGUUCCAGAAGUUUUCAAUUCACAGGACACUUGAACCUUGUUUGUUCCUGAACAUCCAAACCAGUUUCCUUUUAUUUGGGAGUGACCAAGGAGCAUUGGUGUAUUCAGUGCUGAGCUGUCAAACAAAUCCAUACAGAAAUCAGAUGUAGACAGUCUUGAUUAUUAAAAGUUUUUUUUUUAUGCAAAACUCAACUUUUUCAUCCUUGUGGGUCUCUGUUGCCCCGAUAAACAAUUCCAACAUGUAAAAAUGAGUCAAUCCAUUUUCUGUCAUUGUUUGGUUUCAGGAACAAUGGUCUUAAAACAAGCAAUGUCCAAAAGUCCCUAUUUGUGAUGUAACAAAUGCAAGAAAUUAGCAUAAAGCCACCGUAUAUGCAAGAAAGAGUUGCUGAUGGACUACUAUGAGCCCCUCCCAAAUGUUGGAGCUUCUCUGCUUAUAGCAGCUUGAGCGAGGGUGGUGGUGGCUAGCUUCAGCUUGUUUUCUUAAAGUGACAGAGCCCUGAAAUGGCUCAUUCUGGUCAAACUGUCAAGAAUAAAACUGCUAAAACUGCUUAAUGUGAGAGGGGUUUAGGGGAAAUAACCACAUGGAAAGGUUUUGAGUCAACCAUAGAACUAUUAUAACUUAAGAAGAAAGUCAUAAUAUGUCUCCUUUAAUGAAACAUGAACAGGCCUUGGCCUCGUCAAGUGAAACGUCUUUCUACAACCUUCAGUACCAUUUAUUAAAACAUUUAGAGGAAGGUGUGUAUAUAUGAGCUUGCAUAUCAGACCUUGUGGGUAUUCCCUAUGAAAUCUAACAUUCAUGAAACAUUUGUACCAAAAACCAAAGUUAUCUUGUUUCUAUAUUUGUGUCAUUGGUUAAAUCAAACCCUGCCGCUGUCUUCGUGAACAAGUUUAGUAUUUUUGACUGAAGUAUUGAGUUGAAGUCUCUAGUACUUUCACUCUGACAGGAUCAAAGACUCAAACUUCAAAGCACAAUACAUGUUUUUACCGCAUAGCAAAUGUGCCAUAAUGAUGUGGUAGCUAUGUAAAGUUUUAUAAUGUCUGUGUAUAAAUGUAUAACAGUAAUACGUUUUAUGUAUCAGAGUCUAACUUUGUAUCCAUGUCAGUGGGAUCUUCUGCUGCGGUGGAAGUGAUGCCAGAGUAUGUAGGCUUUUCAUGUAUCGGUGCACCAAACUGAUCAGCCUCUCAAUAACACAAGUCUCUGAAAUCAAGGACUCCUACCAGGUGUCUCUACCUGGUUAAAACGGAGGACUGUGAUUUUCAUUUGUUCAUUAUUUAUUUGUUUGUUUUGGUUUUAAUCUGUCCUCGUGCCAGGGUGGUGUCAGAGGAGGCAAUGCGGCAGUCAGCAGAGGCUCUUGCAGAAACAAGCAUCAUGCAAGGAGAAGCUGCUCUGACAUCUCCCCCAAAUGACUCAUUUCACACACAGCAAUAGCAGCAGCAGGGCUGCUAGUCGGAUGUUUCACAAAAUAAUGUAUCAUCUUCCUGCAAUGCAUUAAAGGCAUUUUGGGGCCUUUACGGAUGGUGUUUCUGUUUAAAAGGUACACGUUUUAACUGUCUUCCCAGUUGCAAAUAGCAUCAUGAGUGUUUGAAACCGAGUUUUCAAUACAAAGGAUUGAUAAGCUAAUGGCUAGUUCAAACAACCUAAACAUUUUUACAUUAUUAUUUAUGAGUACAAAUAUAUCUGGUAAUUAGAUUUAGCACAAUCAGUGUAUGCUGAGGUUACAGCAGCAAUCUGGAGUUUUCCCGCUUUCCGCCUGCCCGUGUCCCAUAGAGCCCCAUGCAAUUUCACUUGAGCACUGCUCAGGAUUAGCCAAUCAGCUUAGACAACCGCUUACUUUCAGAUGUCAAUCACAAAUCGUGCACGCGUGUUUGUAAAAGUACCCAGACAGAUGCAGAGUUGGUGACAUUUUUAUAAACAAGUUAGUCUUUAAAAUCUCAAUAUAUGAAUAAACAACAUAAUGUUAGAAUGAUACUGGUGAAACAAUAGUGUUUUAGUUUUGCUGUCCAGUAAGAGGUGUGCAUUCACAAACGAGAGGUGUUGUAAUCAUGGAAAUAGGGAGGGGCUUGAGGUGCAACACAUUGUUUCCGCCUCUAGAUGGUGCCAUCUGGGAAAAAUAAUCUAAGUUCCUGCGUUAAGGCUGGCAGGAUUUUUUUCUUAUUCCUGUCAAAGUAAUGUGUAAUGCAAAACUGACAGAGCUGUAAAGGUUUAUAAAAUAAAGUUUACAUGAACUGCUGCGAAAACUGGCAGCUUGGAGCUGUCUUUAUGAGAAACUAGGUAGUUUUAGCUUGCUUUUAGCGCCCCCUAGAGUCAGUUUUAAGGAACCGUUGUGAAACCAAAAGUUUUACAUAUCUUCUUCCUGUGUCUUUUUAACACGUUAAUCUAAUGGCUGAAAUGUCUCCUCAGUCUUCAUUAGGAGCGGUUCAUCACUAAAUCAAACAAAUCAGCCGUGCUCCUGAUCUAAAACGUGCAGGAAACAAACAACAACAUUGUGACAUCAUAAUGUACCAGAUAAUGUCAUAGUGUACCUUUUAGUCAAUAGUGGUGGAAGAUUUAAAUUCUAAUGCAGUGCAGAGUUUUUACCUGAAGAUGGCGCAACAUUGACAGUUUUAGGCAUAAUAUUUAAAUUUUAACUAAGAUGCACCAAAGUGCUAAAUUAUUGACUAAACGUGUCUACAGCAUGAUUAGACACUCAUUUAUAUAGUUUAUCUGCAAAAAAAUGUGGAUUUGGGGGUGACUUGUUCUUUAACUCAUUCACUGUCAGCCAUUUCCUGAUCAGAAAAGCCCUUCCCUGCCAGCGUUUCUCACCGUUUUUACUCUUUUUUUAAGAGUCAUGUUGCGCGCUAGGAUGAUGUUGACACCAAAACUACCAAAACAAAGAGUAGACUCACCUCUUACAUCAGGAAGAAUCCGCGUGUUUCAAGCGUUAUCCGUUCUUUCAUAAUCCGUUGUUGAAUUGUGAUCGGCAGAACCUUUUCCGGUUCGCGCCUCACUUUCUUUACAGCAGGGCCCAAACGAUCUCCUAACACAUGGAUUUUCUGCUUCCUGAUCACGUGACGUGUGACGUACGCAGUUGAAGAUUGGCUUUAGAGCUGAGAUGUUUGUUCUCACGGUGCGGGGGCUCGUUCCGACGCCCACCCAGUAAAACAAUGCAAAUGACGACUUUAAUCGUCAUUGGCAGUUAAGGUUGGAUUUAAAAUUACGGCGUUUGUUAUCAGUGGCAGUGAAUGAGUUGAAAUUAUGAAAAUGUUGCAUACUAUGCCAUUAAAAUUGCAGCAGUACACUUUGGUCCUGGCCAUGCCCAGACUAGCCAUUAGCAUGUCAGUCCUAAAAUAUGUUAAAGUUAUUUCUCCAAACAGAGGCCAUUCGGAUUGUAUUUAUUUAUAAUUGUUACACAGAAACACGUCAAAAUUGCUCUACAACUCAUUAAAAUGACUCACUCAAAAUUAUAUACAUUUCUAUAUAUAGACAUUAAAAUAGCUGUGCAGUUAGAUCCAUAUUUGAACUACCGUAAACAUGUUAAUAGACGAAGGCACACAUACUGUAGAUUCACAAAACAGGCUGAGAUUUUUCUCGACUUUAAAUGAGCACAAACUGUACCUUCACGUGUACUAUGUGAAGAAUGUCUGCUUGUGCUGUACAUGCUUGUAAAUACAAAGAUAUGGUUUAAAAUAUUUCAUCUUUAGGUCAUUCUAUUCUUAGAUGUAGUGUAUUUUAUAAUAUGAGCGGUCUGGUUUGUGUGUCGAUCUUUCACGCUGCCGUUUGUUGUUCUGAUGAAAACUCCUGAACUUCAGACCCUGAAGCACUCACUGCUGCUCUACAGCUGUCUGUCUGUACGACCGAGUCGAUGAAUGUAAGUGAAGAUCAUGUCAAGUACUGUUGUUCUCUCUCUCACUCCGAUCCCAAAUUCACCAUUUUUCCACAAAUAAACCAUCCUCUGUGCCGCCGAAUCAGAGCCAGCUUCAGACAGGAAGUAAAAAUGGACACAGAGUGUCAUGAUCUCCUCACGUGUAGAACUGACACUGCAGGAUUAUAAGGAUUUUUACUAUGCAUGCAUUUAGUAAUCUCUCAUAUCUUGUUCCAUUUAAAAUGGCUUUACUCUAUAAUAAGUGUUGUUGUGCAAUAAUUACUUUAAUAGUCACAAAUAGAUUUUAUUUAUGUUCCCUAUACUUAUUACGUAACUGCUUUAGAAAUUUAAAUUUGUAUACAAAUAGCUUUCGUCUGCAUAGAGAAAAAAAGAGUCUUCCGUUUCUCUAAUUGUUGAUUUUAAAUACAGGUAAACUGCAGUGUUUAGGAGUUUAUAUCCACGUUUUGGCCUCCUCAUCCUCCACCCCUUCAGAAAUCCGUCCAUCUUUCUGACCUUUCCUCUGAUCACUCCUUUCAAUCUGUCUUUUUUUUUCCUCCUGACCUUUCUGCUCCUUCCCUCUUCCCUCCUUCUGAACUUCCUCGUUGUCUUGCCUCAUUUUGUUCCAUUUGACCUUUAUUUCUCUCUGAAGUUUUAUUUCUCCUCCUGAUUAACAUUUUCACCGUUGUGUUCUGGUCACCGUUCUGGUUUCGACUCGUACUUUUACAUUUUUUUCCGCCUUCCCCCUCUGUAAAGGCUACCCGACGCUAAACUUCACAUGUGCUCUGAUAGCUUCUUGUUCAACGAAUUUCUGAUUAAAUUUUAGGGGAGUAAAAUGUGACACUAACUUAGGGGUGAUUUUCUUUUUUCAGGGAAAACCAUAGUCUUUAUAAGAGAAUGUGUUUUGUGGAGCAGUUUACUGAUGUGCUGUGGUGUUUUUUCUGGAUUGUAAAAUAAAAAAAUCAUGUUGCAAACCA